GCAGCAAGCUCUGCAACAACUUCAUCAGCAGCAGCAACAGCAACACCACCAGCUGCAACAACAGAUGCAAUUGCAGCAGCUGCAGCAUUCAUUGAACUUGCAAAACGCACACGCCAGCUCAAGACCAGCCAGCAUGUAUGCCAGCGCGGGCCAGGCGAACGCGAUGCUGUUUUCGGAUCCAAAUGCAAACUUGUUGCAUGCCGGUUUGUCAACCAGCUUGCCUGGAUCGCUCUCGGAGACUGGGCUCGGUGGCUCACUGUCGGGGUCUAAUUUGUCCCCAUCGUCCUCAUCGUCCAUGCUCUUGCCCACCCAGUCCUUGAAUGCGACGAACGGCAGCACUGGUAGCUCUGCAUCAGGCAGCAAGAGGACGUCGCUCAUCACGAGCACGGCAGGGUCAAAUAUUUCACUUCAAGCAGCGAAUUUUGGUGCUUCGAGCAGCAACAGCAAUCUUCCAGCUGCUGUGCUGGCUCAACAGCAGCAGCAGCAGCAGCAGCAGCAGCAGCAGCAACAACAACAACAACAGCAGCAGCAGCAACAGCAGGCGCAACAACAGCAACAACAACAGUCUCCGUCACAGCAGCAGUUGCAGCAGCAACAGCAACGACUAGCGCAGCUUCAGCACUUCCAAAAUUAUCAGCACCAGCUGCAGACCGUUUUUCCGGGAAAUCCCGCGGCCAUUGCAGCCGCUGCUGCUCAGUUUGCCGGUAUUACCGGACCGGGCAUGCGCGAGGAGCUGAGCAAAACCAACAUUUACAUUCGCGGCCUCUCGACUGCGACGACCGAUGCCGAUAUCACGAGCAUGUGUUCUGUAUUUGGCUCAAUCUUGUCUGCCAAAGCCAUCAUUGACCGAACGACCAACCAAUGCAAGGGCUACGGAUUUGUCAUGUUUGACCAAGCCGAGGCGGCGUCGGCUGCAUUGAAUACCCUCAAGGCCAAGGGCAUGCAGGUGUCCUUUGCAAAGGAGCAAUACAACGAAAAGCUCAAAAGCCAAGAGAGUGAUCCGACCAAUCUGUACUUUUCCAACCUGCCUCGUACAAUUGACGAAUCCUUCCUCGAAUCCAUGCUUCAACCUUUCGGUAAAGUCGUGUCGUCGCGCAUUUUGCGAGACCCGAGCAAUGGCAUUUCGCGUGGCGUAGGGUUUGCGCGAAUGGAACAGCAUGAUCAAUGCGAGGCUGUCAUCCAGCGGUUUAAUGGCGGCGCCAUUGCUGGCCACCCAGAGCCACUUCAGUGUCGGUACGCCGACUCGGCAUCCCAGAAGCGCACCCGAUCUGGCUCCGUUGGCACACCUGGCGGCCCUAAUCUUGCGGCUAUGCUGGCGCUCAGUGGAGUGGUCGGAUCCUCCGCCACAGCGCAGGCGCAGAGCGCAUUUGCGUCUUCUGGUGGCUGGGCACCUUCUGCUGUUGCAGGAACCACCCAAGGCCCGCAGGCGCAACAAAUGCUGGAUCUCAACGAUCCGAAUGUGCUGGCAGUCGCCAGUUUGUCGGGUUUCCCUGCUCCGGCCGCCUACGGCUCGUCUGCCGAAGCCUCGGGCAGCUCGAGCAGCUAUGCAAGCUACUUGAACGGGUCCUCGGGGAUGCCGUUGGCAAACCCUGCCACCGCGUUUGAUCCACGUAGCUCUGGUCUCUUGUAUUCUUCAAUCGACAAUGCGGCGGCCGGGUUUUCGGGACCGACCAGCAUCAAGUUGAACGGACAGUUGAUUCAGGAUGCUGGCACCCAUCAACUGCCUGCCAGCUUUGAUUACCACGACCUUCAGAGUCCAAUUCUCCCAUCCGGCAUUGUCGGCGGCAGUUUGACCAACCCCACCUCGCCCGGAUCGCCAGGCAAGCCAAAUGCCUUCUUCCAAAACUUUGGAUCAGUGCCCGGCAUCACGUCCCCGGGUCCUUCCACGCCCGCUUACCCGCAGUUGUUUGGCAUUGCCGGAGCCUCCUCGACCAUGCUCAAUCUGCCUGGCUCGAACAGCGUGGUGAAUGUUUCAUCUGCAAGCCUAUCUCCGUCGCUCUUUGUUCCGCAUGCACAGCAGUUUGCCUACACUCCCUCCUCGUCAGAAUCUUCCGGGGAGCAUUUCCUCCACCCCAGCAGCAAUGCCCAUCGUGUAAUUUUGCAUCAAUCAUUUCAGCAGCCUUCGCUAACCCAGCAAGGCCAACCGUCUCCCGCGACGGAGCAGACUGCCGCGGCAUCCAGCUAACAAUCUCAGUGCUGACUUAGUCUUGUUUCGCGAUUUUUUUUUUCCUUUUUUUGAUCGGGUCAAUGUUUAUCAACUUCUGAAUUGUGUUUUUUUGGUUUUCUAUGCGUUCUUAUUCUCAACUCUCAUCUUUGUGUUUCUGUUUACGUUUCUGCAACGAUUCCAACAACAAUAUAUCACUCUGCUUGCUUUGC